AUGACUCCUUCGGGAGGUUUAUCCGUGGUGCGUUUGGCAUGGGAAGCAUUCGUGUGGUUGACGACAGUGGUGUGGCCAUCGUCGGGAGACGACGUUCGCGACGAUUCCAGUUAUGGUGGUGACGACGAUGACGAUUACAGCAUACCAGAAGAGAAUGCAAAGAAGUUGUCUCGUUCGAGCAACGGCGAUGUUAGCAAGCAGCUGCGAGCGUCGGUAGCGACGACGACAUGUGCUGCAGUAAAUCGUAAAGGCGGACGUGGUGCACGAGACAGCACGAAGACGAAAGAAAAGGUCAUUGUCGCUAAUGCGUUAGAAAGGGAAAAACCUAAUGGCCUUGCAAUAUCGAACGGCAAAACAGCAAAUGGUACGACAUAUGAGACUGUGAGAGAUCCAAGUUUACCGAAAGAGAAUGGGCCCGAUACUAAUAGCGUCUCGUCGCUGGAAGCUGAAAGACUCAGAGCUGAGGUGAUGCAGUUGAAGACGGCCGAGGCUGAUGCGAGAAUACAACUCUCUGUAUGCGACAAUGGAGAAGUUGAGAGAUGUGGACCGCAAUUCUCAAGACUCAGAGCUGAGGUGAUGCAGUUGAAGACGGCCGAAGCUGAUGCGAGAAUACAACUCUCUGUUAGUCAAAAUAACGAGAAGCAUGCAAGACAAGAAGCCGUUCAAUUGCGAUCGAGACUGGAACAGAUGGAAGCGAGAUAUGCGACAAUGGAGAAGUUGAGAGAUGUGGACCGCAAUUCUCUGUCACAGUUGGAAAAGAAAUAUGCUGAGUUGAUGAACAGGAAGAAUGAUGUCGAGCGUGAGCUAAUGGAUGAGCGCAAGGCCCGUAAGGAGGAUGGCGGAAGACGUUUGGAUUCUGUGGAACAGCAACGUGAGAAGGAACGGCAGCUUGAGCAUGAGGUGGAUCGUCUCCGUAGUGAAGCGCUAGCUCGAGAAGAAAGGGUGACUGACAUUGAAAAGGAACUUCAUGCACUUCGAAAAUACAAGGAAACCAAUGAUGUCGAGGCAUUGAAUAUGGAUUUGCGAAUUAUGCGAGAGAAAAUGGUUCAUCUGGAAGAGUCGCUAGCGGCGGAGAACAAGCUUAAGCAAGAAUUGUUUCGUGCCCUUGGUGACGCUAAGGCCAACAAUGCUCAUCUUCAGAGUCAACUUCGCGCCUUCGAGAUCACAUCCGGUAUGCCGUUGUCUGUGUCAGUGGCUCGUCCACCAUCUGCUUCGCUAGGGCAGUCAGAAAAGAUUUCACCACAGCAACAGCAGCCUCAGCAACAGCACAGCAUCUCCGCAUACCAGUUGCCUAUCAGUCAAGCGCAGAAAAUGGACUCAAACAUGUCGACUACUAACGUGUCUUCCACACAUAUGGGUGUUGCUUAUGGGAAUCUCUACACCGCGCUACAACAGCACCAUUCGUCGCCGACCGGUGAGCACGUGCUGUUCGAGCAGUCAUCUCGAGGAAAUAUGACCUCAUCAGGUCUGCCGUGCGCGUUGUCGCCACACGAUCCUCUUCUGGCUUCCCGUAUGGGCAAAUUCGGUGCGCCGGCUAAUCCGGCUCGUUCCAACUAG